CAAAAGUAUCAGUGUGUCAGCUCCACACGAUGGCUAAUGUUUUCUGACAACAACCUCUCAUGAAGGACAAGUACACCUCAGCAUGCAGAAAAAGCUGGGGUGCUCAACGCACGGUCCUCAGGUUUUGCCAUCCAUCAAGCCUUUUCAAACAUCGUCCACCACCUUGCUGCUGCCCCUUCCUUCUGUCCUCCACAACCUGCAAACCAUCCCAGCCCCUGUUCAACUGAAUACACCUCACCUCUAAAUCAUCUUAUCCCUGUGUAGUUCAUUCCCUGACAGUAAAAGUCACAAACAUCAGGACAUCCAGCUGGCGGCCUGUUGCAGGAUGAUAAACAACACUCCACAGACAUCAGAUAAUCACAGAAAAGAUAAUGAUAAAACUGAAACCUGCUCAGGUCAUUCAAACCCCAUCCAGACUUUCAGGACUCACAAUGAGCUUCACAAGGAACUGCUACUUGCCCACAAAAGGGGUCUGGCACUGAGCCGGAGACCAGAACUUCAACAGGUGCUGGAGAGGAGGAAGAGGGCGCAGAGUGAACAGGAAGAUGAGGGACAGAGCAGGACUCCCCUGGAGGAUGUGCUGCUAAGACGUCAGCAGAAGCAACUUGAGAGGGACAAGGAGCAUGAGGAAAAGGUACAAGAAGAAAACCAGAUGAUGGAGUUUGUUAGAGUCCGACAGAACCUCAGAAAGAUCCAUUCAGCAAUCCAAAACAAAAACAAUUUCUGAAAUGCUCCAGGAGAUCGCCCUGCAAUGUGCAAUGCACUUUUUCAAUGUCUUCUAUCCCUGGAAGAGUAACAGCGCAGUUUGAAGACUGUUUAAUGUGAAGUUUAAUGUGUGACAAAUAAUUUAUUAUCAUUAUUAUUAUGAUUUCUCCUGCGAUUAUAUGUCUGUUAGCAUGAUUACGCAAAAACUACUGGACAAAAAAAAAAUAGGGUUAGAUAUAAAUUAUGGAUCAGGAAAUGUUCUUUAUAUUAUGAGAUAAGGUAUUUUUCUACAUUUUUGAGAUUUUUUUAAAUAAAAGAUACAGAGCUCUUACUUACUCUACUACAAAUCAAGCAUAUUUAACGGGAUUGCUGUUUUUUUUUCAAUUUACAUUUAUUUGUUAUAUGUUAGUAAGUAUGAUUACAUAAAAGCACU